UCCCGCCGUCCCCCGAGAUGCUUUGCAUGCCACCUUAGCGCACUGGCGGCACGCACCCUGGCAAGACCCGCUAAUCAACAACCCAUAAGAACGCCUCUUGCUCUAGCGAGACAACACGAAGCCCCGGCCGCUUGCCUGUGCGGUGCGACUGGACGCAUCCUUCGCUCGCCCGUCUGCGCCGCACCUGCCAGGCCUUUGCUGCUCUGCCAUGGACGCUCGUCCCUGAGACCUCACCUCGCUCCCUUGUGCAACUUCAUUUCCAGCACCGCCGCACCCUCCUCCCGGCCUGGCGAACCGCUUCAUAACUCUGCCGCGGCCCGCUCCCGCUGACGGCCCAUUGUCCUCGUCGCCACCCGGAUUGCCUCUUGACCUCCAGCUCUCCCCGCACGUCUUGCUGCCAUGGACCGCAAGCUCCCUCCCCUCAGACAAGUCGUCGACAUGAACGGCAAGCCUCGUGAAACCCCGGCUCCGCUGAUGGCCUCGUGGACGCCCAUCAAUCAGCAACCCCGACCGGAGGGUCCUGUGUCUCCACGGACGAGGCACGCAAAUCCCCAGGUGAACGGUCAACCCUCGCCGCCCUCGCAUCACCAGGACCGCAGCGAGAACCCAACGCUGCCACAGGACCGGACGACUGCAAUCUCUUCUUCGACCAAUUCCACUCACGGCGGGUCGUCCUUCGACGGCCAUCCUGCGCAUUUCUCUCCAGGCGAGCACCAGACUGCGGGGAAGCCAAUCAACGCGCGCCAAGACUCUGCUGUCUUCCCCUCUGCAACCUCCCAAGCACCCACAACUGUUCUCCCAGGAAACACCUCUCAAUCGACACGAAGUCCGGAACUCCAUCAUCGUUCUGCUCGAGACACUGCAGCUCAUCCUCUCACACCUCCCUCUGAUCCACUUUCCCACCAGUCCUAUUCCCGCAACGUUUUGACACAUCCACCUGCCUACGGUAGACCACCAGCCCCACCCUCCAUCGGAUCUCAACAAGACGCUCCAAACAUGAACUCCCAACGCCGCCGGGAACGUUCUGAUUCAGACGUAAACCGCACGGACGCGCCACCAUUGCCACAUACCGUACUCUUCAAUGAAACGAACAAGAUGCCGCCUCCACCGAUUCCUCCAUCGACUCUACCUUCAGAGCCUCUGACAACAGAAGCUACUUCGCCCCCUUCGAGUACUCAUGUUCUGCAACAAACUCCAAGGCACCCACAGGAUGCAUCAGACAACGAUGAAGAAGUGGUCAAGUGUCCAUAUUGCCAUGAUACAUGGAGCCAUCCACCACCAGACACCGAGAAGUUCUAUCCGACACCAUCUCUCAACUUCCAGGACUUUAAUCGCAACAUGACCACUUUGAGUACAUUUUCCCAGACGUACCAGCGCGAAAGAGAUGCAAGUUACACCAAGUGGAGAGAUACUCAUCUGCGUGGUCAUGGUCAUUGUAAUUGUACCGAACGUCAAUCAGGCAGCAAGAGGAAGCUCGAGGAAUCCGUCGAGAAUACAUCCCCUCCUUCGAAGUCACAAAAACGCGACAGCGAGUCUCCACCACGAAUAUCACAUUUAACGCCACCCCCCGAUCAGGCGAAUGGGGGUACUGCAUCGGGACCAUUCCAUGUUGAUCCCAAACCCGACCCUCGAUUACCUGACACAAUAGCUCGGGUACUAGGACCCUACAAACCCCCUCGCCACGACUCCGACGGCAUGUUUCACGACGUACAUGGAGAAGGACAUAGGGUCAAGACCGAAGAAACUGCGCACUAGCAUCAUCCAGCGCGUGAGAAGGGCGGCUUCAUUAGUGCAAUGAACAAAUCAUGGCACCCGAGAUCCAUCCAGCAUCGCUGCUCAUGUUCUACGACACGCUCUUGCUCCGCCUCUAGUCGACUCCAUGGGAAGCCAAAGUCUACAAAGAUCCCUUCCGUGCUUUCUGCAAAAGUUCGGCGCCAUCCGCCGUCAUGUUCACGUCCUAGCGUUGCUUUUCACAUACACGCAUUUGCCCCACUUGCAAGGCGCAUGUACCUGUACUCUACUUCUCACAUAUACCCCCGUACGACCUUCAUUACUUCAAGCAUCCGUAGCAUAUCUGCAUCGCCUCAACAAGCGCAU